GAGCGGCCUGGGAGCGCGCGGGGCGGCGGUGCCCCGCAGCCCUCGCUGCCCGCCGCGCCGCAGCGGCGAGGAUGAGCCAGCGCGACACCCUGGUGCACCUCUUCGCGGGCGGAUGUGGAGGUACUGUUGGUGCAAUUCUAACAUGUCCGCUAGAGGUGGUGAAAACAAGGUUGCAGUCAUCCUCUGUGACUCUCUACAUCUCUGAAGUCCAUCUCAACACUGUGAAUGGUGCUACUGUCAACCGAGUAACUAGAGUUUCUCCUGGACCUCUCCAUUGCUUAAAGAUGAUCUUGCAAAAGGAAGGUCCUCGUUCCCUCUUUAGAGGGCUGGGUCCUAAUUUGGUAGGCGUUGCUCCUUCCAGAGCGAUAUAUUUUGCUGCUUACUCAAACUGCAAGGAAAAGCUGAACAAUAUUUUCAAUCCAGAUUCUACCCAGGUACACAUGAUUUCAGCUGGUGUGGCAGGUUUUACUGCAAUCACAACAACCAAUCCGAUUUGGUUAGUAAAGACACGAUUACAGCUUGAUGCAAGGAAUCGUGGGGAAAGGCGAAUGAGUGCUUUUGAAUGUGUCCAGAAAGUCUAUCGAUCAGAUGGUGUUAAAGGCUUUUACAGAGGAAUGUCAGCAUCGUAUGCAGGCAUAUCUGAGACUGUUAUUCAUUUUGUUAUUUAUGAGAGUAUUAAGCGGAAACUACUGGAACAUAAAACUGCUUCUGCCAUGAACAAUGAGGAUGAAUCAUCAAAGGAAGCUUCGGACUUUGUUGGAAUGAUGAUGGCUGCUGCCACUUCUAAAACUUGUGCGACAUCAAUAGCAUAUCCCCAUGAGGUUGUACGAACAAGGUUAAGAGAAGAGGGAACAAAAUACAGAUCUUUCUUCCAGACACUAUCUUUGCUUGUGCGAGAAGAAGGAUAUGGAGCCCUCUACCGAGGCUUAACUACACAUCUGAUCAGACAGAUUCCAAACACAGCUAUCAUGAUGUCAACCUAUGAAGUGGUAGUGUACUUGCUGGAUGGAUAGUGUCAUAAGGCUUUCUAGAGGAAGCUGGAAGACUGAGCCUGGAGCGGACCACCAAAUGUCUAUGCCAGUGUUGCAGGCAAAAGGAAAAUUAUCAGGAACAUGCAGCUAUGGACAAAACAGCAGAUUGAUUGUGGGCAACUAUGAAUAAUUGUGCUGCCUUAUUGUAUGGUCUCUUGGCAAUGUGAUAAAUUGGGGCUGUCCCUUUAGAGAAUGUCUUUGUACACCUCUUAAUUCAAAACUGCAUUUUCUUUACAUCUCUUAGACAAGGCCAUUCAGUCAGCUUCAGAGACCUGAUGGGUGAGUAAGGGGGUAUAAAAUAUAUCCUGGGUCAGCCCUAGUCCCUUUUCUAAGUGACUGUUCUUCAGUACACUCUUUUGUUUUACUGAGUAAUAACCUGUUGGAAAAAUGGGGAAUUUUAUGGGAACUCUACAUAAUACCUUUAGAUACAUACAAAACUUCUGUUCACUUGGUGGAGACUGAGGUAGUAGUCCAUGUGUAGCUUUUCAUGUUGCUACCUCAAGGUAAAACAUGGCACAGCGACCCAGAACUGAAGUACUUCUUUACUAUAAAUGGCGAUUUCCCGCCCCCCCACCACCUUUGAAGGUUGAGCAGUGUUGUAGAUUAGUAGAGGAGAAGACCUAAUUGGUGAACUCCUCAGAUUAUCAGUCUCUUAAUAUUGAUGUAUGUGGGUUUCCAGUUCUGCUGCAUCUUCCCUGUGCCCUCCCAAAAUAUUUGUCCCACCUUUUUAGAAGCAAGAGACCCACAGAACAUUCUCUGGUAUCAAGAGGUUUUUCCUUGCUAGUUUGUCAGGCCACUCGGGCAUCUAAGAACUUGCUGAAUGUUGUUCAAUAGUAUCUUUAGGGAUUCUCAGCAUAAUAAAUCCUAACUAGUCCAGCCUGUCAUUUGUGAAGGCAGGAUUUGUUUAAAUACAGUUUCAUGCUACCUAAGAAUAAGUUGUAUUAUCCUGAAACAACUACUUGUGAAGCCUAACCUAGCUUACAAAUACCUGCCUUGGCAUACAGAGGAAGAACAUGUAUCACCAUGGCUAAGAUGACCAGAAAGUGGAGAACAGAGUUGGAGUUGAGAGCUUUUUCAGUGCAGCUAGCAUGUGUUCCAGGUGAUGGAGAAAACUAAUACUUUUUCCUAAGUAUUUCCCCUUAAAAUUGUUGUGUCACUCCCAGCUUGAGCCUGUGUGCAGAACUGCAGCUGACAGUAUAACCUUGUCCUCCAAAUUGCCUGAAUAUUCAAGCAUUUUUCUUUGUUUUAUAAACUGCUGGCAAAACAGUGUUACAUUCAGCAACAAGACUUAACUAGCUUGUUCUGUCAUAUACUGGGUUUUCUAAAAGUAUACAGUUGGAAUGUCAAUCAUAGGUUUAAUGUCACAAGAACUUAUAUAGCCUUGUAAACAGACCUUUCAUCUGCACCUUGACUGCUUCUAAAACUGAAUCUUUGGUCCUCCUGAGGAAGGUGACCGUUAUAAGUCAGGGCAGUAGCAUUUCUACACAAAUGCUGCCACACUGGUAUGGCAGAACUGUGCAGUGGACUCUACCUGCGUGGUACUUCAAUAUCCUGAACUGCAUUGUGUGCAAUGGCCUUAUCUUCUGGAUGCACUUUGUGGCCUUCCUCUGGCUUGUGACAUUUCCUUCUCUUACUGCUUAUCUAUAGCCCAAAUCUGUGUUCAGUACAUGCAGUUCUGUUUUAAACAAAGCCUAUGGUUUGGUUUCCAUUUAAGCUGUGCAGGAUAAAGCAUUACAUGCUGAAGGUAGAUAGGAUCUCUGAAGUAGUUCUGUAGGUCAUGUGUAAAGACUCAAAGUUUGCAGAACGAUCAGUCCGGUCUUUCAUUUAUUUUGACUCCCAUUGUAUCCUCUGCACUAUGUAAAAAUAUUUCAGCACUCCAUGUAAUUCUCUGUACUAACGGCUCAUCUCUAAGAAUCACCUACUGAGUGCACAGUGCCCACUGUAGUGCCUUUGCAGUGGAGACUUGGCUGGAUUGACUUGUCUUUGGAAAAUGUUAUUUUACCCUUUUAAAGAAAGGGAUAUCAUGGUCUGAUUUGCCCAGAAAUGAACACGGUCCUUAUUUUAAACAAGGGAAGUACUUAAAUGUGUCUUCUAAAAUGGGCUUUUCUUCUAAUGAUAGCUCCAGGAAAACACUGCAGUAUUUUGUAUUACUCAUGACUGACUUUUUGGGUCUUGCUAAAGUACCAUUUUUCUCCCUAAGUGCAGGAAUAGCUACAUAACUGGAAUCUUUGUUUUACAGGAAGUGUUUCUCUUUGGGUAUCUGGGUGGUUCAAUGGUAACCAAAUUUCAAGUUGGCAAGAAAAUGGCAGGAGACCCUAUUCAGCAUUGGAGUUCAUGAAUAGAGUUGAUAACUGGAUUAGCCUAGGUUUCAUGAGUUGCACUCCUUUGUUUUGUGGAUCUGCUCUCUCAUGGUUGCAUGUGCAUCUUCUCCAUUAACUUGCUGGGUACUGUGUGUGUCUUGUCUGGAUGAGGGCAGGCUCCCUGCCACUGCUUUCAAAACAAAAUUUAAAGGAGGAAGACUAACUCCUAUACCUAGCUGCCCUGUUAACAGCCAAGAAGAGACAAUCGGCUUCUUGUUGCACUUUUUUAAUGGGGGUUUAGACAACGUUUUAAACUUCAGGGGUGAUUAUUCUUUUGGUUUGUUGGCUUUAUGUAACAAAAUACAAGCCCGAAGUUCCUUAGGAUCUUUGUCUUAUUCUUAAACUACCGGUACAAUGUUACCUCUGAAAUUUCCCAAAGAUUUUUAUUUAUAAAGUUCCCAUGAUAUUUAUUAUAAAAUCUUAAAGGGAAUAAGAUGCUUCAUUCAGUGAUAUCCUUAACUAUGAAACUAAAAGAGUACAUUUAAACUUCCUUUAACUUAAAUGGUCAUCUCAUUUAGUAUUUUCAUGUAGUGCUUAUGUUGUGCUCUUGGUUACAGAGGCAAAGGCCUCAGAUGUCUGAAGCUGUUCUCUGCAAUUAAUUUGUCCUUUGCUUAGAUGAAACUUAAACAUCAUUGCAAGCUGUUAAUUCUUGCACAGUCUGCCUGUGCAAGACUGCAGUUCUCUGCAUCCGUCAAAAGAUGGCACUGGAGCAUGCCCAGAUCAGAGGUGGCUGUGUAUGUGCACCGCAGGCUGCCCCUGGAGCACCUGUAGCAUCCUGGGGUGACCUGGCAGGGGGAUUAUGCCAGGGCGUGGGAAGCUGCUGGGGGGCUGCGGUCAGCUGCUGCAGCGCCUGUGGGGCUGCAGGGAAGCAGGUGAGUCCAGGGCAUCGCAGCAAGCCAGGCCCAGCCUUUCAGCUGGCUGCAAGGUCUGUUCUUGCUCUCUGCAUUUCUCACCUGCUAGUGUAUGUUGUUUUAAGCAGGCUUACACUAAGGGUUUAUAGAGGGUUUUUUU